AUGAUUACACCAAACACGAACGUUUUACAAUCCCUGGAGUAUGCUGAUGUUUAUCCGCCUUCGGAAGACUCUUUCUUAUUUCUGGAUGCAUUAGAGGACGAUACGCCUUUCAUAAACCGGUUACCAAUCACAGUGUCUCUUGAAAUGGGUAGUGGGAGUGGAAUACUCAGCAGCUUCUUUUACGCUAUUUACCCUCGACUACGAUAUCACCUGUGCAUCGACCUAUCCAGUGCUGCAUGUCGCGCGACUGGAGAAGUAAUUCGUUCCAAUAUAUCAUUGCAAUGUUCCUUGGCUGGACCAGUACUGCCCCGGUUGCUCUCAAACGUGGAUUUAAUAUUAUUUAAUCCUCCUUAUGUCCCCACAACGUCGGAAGAGCACCAAGCAGCAAAUAAUACUGUCGCGGCCACCUGGUCAGGUGGGUGGUAUGGUCGCGAGGUUAGUGGUUCUGCUUUUCCAACCAGUAAUACUGCGCUUGUCGAGCACUACUCUCAAUUGGCGCAUUUAAUCAGCCUGAUCCGGAUGGUUGAGGAACGGGACAACAGAAUUCUUUCCAUUUAUUUCUGUGUAGUUAACGAAACCCGAUUUGCAACUAAAAUGCUAUACAGUCAUUAA